UCUUCCCUCACCGCCCAAGAAUCUUCCAACACACAACCCCAGAACCCCGUCAAUCCUGGCGACGACACAUCCGGCACUUUUAAAGGCGAUCCCAGCGUCCCAUUCAAGACUGGGGGUUCGAAUGAUCCUGCUGGUUUGAGUACUUCAGUGGAUAAGUCUUCAUACAGCCAACAAAAUGCCUCAGAUACCUCUGAACAGCGUCGCGGGGAAGACGUGACGCAAAAUACGAAGCAAGAGUACGAGGGUAGCAGUGAUGUGGGUGUUAAGACCGGGAUCGAGAGUUUGCUUGAUAGUGUUGAGCGAAGUGUGAAGGAGAAUGGGCAGGAGGAUAGGUCCAGGGUGGAUGUUGGGCAAGUUACUGGGGGAAGAAAGUGA